AUGGGACUUCGCGCCUAUAUCGAAGAUGCCUCGAUCAUCAAGGAACUGGAAAAAUUCGGAGAAAUUAAAUCGGAAGUCAUUCGACUUAAAUACAAGAAAGGUCAUGAUCUAGUAGGAGUGGAAAAUGGAAAUCGCUUGGUACGCAUGAUUCUUACAAAGCCAAGCGUACCAUACUCGCUCAAAAUAGAAGGCGAAUGGUGUCGUGUGAUACACAAUAAUCAGAAGCCCAUCUGCAGCUUAUGUCAUGAGGAUGGACACCGACGCAAUGAAUGUCCCACUGUCGUUUGUUUUACGUGCAACGAAACGGGCCACGUUAGAGCGAACUGCCCUAAUCGCCCUACGGAUAACACUACACCAACCGAAACCGAAGAGGAAGAACGCCAAAUGCACACCGAACAACUCCUGCGCCAAGCGGCUGAAACCCCCCGUGAUCUGCGCGACCGCCACAACCAGCCAGACCUUGUAUACGCCGAGGAACUCGACGAGGAAUUUCUCGACGCUGAAAAUGACCCAGAAGACCCCACAGAUGACCCCGACAUAGAACAAGACCAAGCUACCUCACACCACAACAACCAGAAGAAAAAAAGAUCUCCACAAACCAGGCACCAAACGAGGGCUAAAUACCUCUUCUGA